CGCGGUCGAGUCUCGAAGCAGUUGUAAAAUAUUUUAGUAUCUUUUUAUCACUUGGAACUUUAACACUUAUAGAGUUGGUGCAGUUAAGUCAGGCAGAAUGUCGAUAUUAUUAGCUUCGUGCUUCAUUUUAUUAUUAAGUUAUGUUAACAGUGGGUUGAGUGAAAGUGAAACUCUCAUAAAGUUCUUAGAGACAGAGAAAAUGUUUAUCGGCGACUUGGAAGAUUACAUUGAAAGACAAGAAAGUGUUUUACAUGUUCUGAGAAAAAAGCUUUUAAAUUUUAAAGUUGAACAUUCUGAUGCCGUGGAAAAUCCUGACAGUUACUUCUCCAACGAAUUAAAUCGCUUUUUAUUUGUAAAAAGACUUUUCUCUGACGUUGAGCUUCUUUCCGAAAAAACUUUUAAAACCGCCGACACGUUUAAAUCAAAAGUCAAUUCUUAUAAGCGAGGCAAUAUUUUGCCUUCAAAAAAUGAUCUCUCUGCAUCAGUUCUGUCAAUUGCGAGAUUACAAGAGGCUCAAAGUCUUAGAACAGAUAAGCUUGCAAAAGGUAUUUUUGGAGAUGUAAAACGACGAAGUGGUCUUUCAACAGAAGAUUGUUAUCAAGUGGGAAAGCAACUUAAUGCUGCUCAUGUUUAUUCAUCUGCGACUGAAUGGCUCACUGAGGCGAUGAAACGUUAUGAUGAGUAUUACGAUCAACACCAGGUGAAAGCUGUGGACAUUUUAGAAGAGCUUGCUUUAAGUUUCAUAGGAAACAAUCGGCUUAAGGAUGCCGAAGGAAUUGUUGAAAAGGUUUCACGCAUGAAUUCAAAAAGUCAUGUUGUUGAAUUGUUUUUUAAGUAUGCUGACAGACUUGACAGUUUGAAGGAUGAAAAGUUGCCAACAGAUAUCGAUACAGAAGAACUUUGUCAUCCUAUUCAUUUUUUUAAAUCAAACAUCUUCACUUGCCCAAUUUG